AUGCUGCUAGAAAGCAACUUGAACCAGGAUAAUAGCAGAAAUUCUACCAUAAGUAACCCUCUCACUCACUACGUAUGCCCCCUUCUGAAGAACGAAUCGUUUAAACAGACGUUCUCAGCUUUCAACGGAGGCCUGGCUCAGACAUUGAUAGGCCAACCAUUGGAUCUUUGUAAGGUAUUGAUACAGACGGGACAGUUCAAAUCACCAAUUGCAGCUGCCAGGAGUGUUGUUAAGAAUGAAGGAGUAUUGGGGUUGUAUAAAGGUUCUUUGGUUCCCCUGCUAGGGGUUGGGGUCAUCAAUGCUAUCAUGUUCAACUUUUGCUUCGAAGCCAGAAGACUCAUAUUAAAGCAUUCUGAAACAGGUGCUUUGACAUUAUCCCAGAUAUAUCUUUCUGGAACCAUUGCGGGUGGUCUCACGUCAUUCAUUAAUACUCCGGUAGAAGGAAUUAGGAUCCUGUUACAAGCUCAACCUCACGGAAUUAAACUGUUCAAUGGUCCUAGCCAUUGCAUAGCCCAGAUAUGGAAACAGGCAGGUUUAUCCGGUCUUUUUAGAGGGCUUGGACUUACAUUUGCCAGAGAUACUCAUGCACACGGAGUAUGGUUUCUUACUUACGAAUAUUUGAUCGAAAGAUCCUGUGGACUGAGAAAAUGUAAGAGAGAAGAUAUACCAUUAUGGGAGCUCUUAGUGUACGGAGCUAUAGCGGGUGAUUUACUAUGGCUAUCUGUUUAUCCAAUUGAUGUAGUGAAAACUAUUCGGCAGAAUGACCAAUUUGGUUUACAAGCAAAGUUUCACAAUACGAAAGAAGUUGUCAUGUACGUAUACAAGACAUCAGGAUGGAAAGGUUUUUGGUCAGGUUUAACCAGCAGUUUAUUGAGAGCAGCGCCUGUUAAUGCUGGGGUAUUUUGUACAGUAGAACUAUGUCUGAGAAAUCUUGGAUAA